UUGGAGCAAAAUAAUUGCUCGUCUCAAAAGCGAGUUAUCAUUUGUAAUAUUUUAAAUUUUUUCUUAGUACGGAUGGCUCCUCGGCGAGCACGUAAGCGCUGUGCGGCCUUAGAUAAUUUAAAUCCAGUGGUACCAAGAAAACGAAGAAAACUAGCACCAAAUCUCGUAGCAGGAAAUGAUCAGAUCUUGGGUUCUCAGCAAAAACGCGCAAAAUAUACUACAGCAGAUACACCAAAAAAAAGAAGAGUGACAAUAAAACGCAAAAAGCAGAUUGCACCUGGUCAUGUACAAAACCGAGGAAGAAGUUCUUGUAUUGCAAAUGCAAGUGAUACCACCAGCCAAUCUCAUUUGUCAUCGUGUGUAGAACAGAUGCCUGCGGCUCUAGAUCUAAAUCUGAUUCAAGAUGAGGUUCAUGAACUUAUUAAAAAGUUGGCGAUGCUUAAAAAAAAUGUUACAAAUGUUACGCCACACUCCAACAUCAAGAUCACAGCUUCAUCCAAUAGUUCUACAGAUCAAAGUGUGAUGGUAAAAGAAACCAAAUAUGAAGAACCCACUUGUUUUCUAAGAAAAUAUGCUAAGGAAAGUGAAAUGAACGUAGAUCUUGUUUCACAAAAUAUAAUGGAAAUUAUACAACAAUUCAUUAUGCUUAAUCUAUGUUCUAGAACAACUCCUUCAGAUGUAGAUACUGUUAAAAAAACCAUACACGAAAUAAUAAAUAAAUAUGUGAACGAAAAUGAGGAAUGUGGUGACAAUUCUGAGGAAGACGACACAGAUACAGACAGUACCUAUAAUUAUAUGGACGAAGAACCUGGAUGUUCCACAUGGUUCUAUCCUAAAUAAUUUGUGUUUCUUUAAAGAUAUUUUUUAUCGCUUGCUAGUAGAAUCUAAAACCUGUUUUCGAUUCCCCACUGGAGCCGGAUUUUAUCAAGUUUAUUUGAGGUUUAUAUAUACAAAAUUAAUUAUAUAAAUUUUUUUUUGUCAAAAUUAAAUAAUUGUGCUAAAUUAUUAAUGU